AAUCCUGUUUGUUCCUCCGUUCCUCUUCUUCUCCAACUAUAACAUUUAUACAUUUAUUUUAUCUUUUAGUUUUUUUAGAAUAAAUCUGUAACUUGUUUGGUUGAUUUUCAACGGUGUCACUGUUAUUGUCACUAAACAAAUCCGCAUGGGGCACAUGUCCCAAAGACAGAUCCUUUUAAUCCAAUCAUCGAUCAAUCCAUUUGCCAGUCCACAGUGAAACCCAACCAUUAGCUAUGGCUAGAGCUACUGCUCUCUGCUCUUACAAACUCAUAUGCUAUUGCCUCUUCUUUAGCUUGGCGGUACUAACUCAGUCAGCUCCCGAGGAUGCUUUGAUCACUCAACUUCCGGGCUAUUCUGGCACUUUCCCUUCAAAGCACUACUCUGGGUAUGUGAAUAUCGAUGAAAAUCAUGGCAAGAAUCUGUUUUACUAUUUUGUGGAAUCUGAAGGGAAUCCAUCAGAGGAUCCAGUGGUUCUUUGGCUCAAUGGUGGACCUGGAUGCUCAAGCUUUGAUGGUUUUGUUUACGAGCAUGGGCCAUUCAAUUUUGAAGAAGCAAAGACAAAGGGAGGUUUGCCACAAUUGCAUCUCAAUCCAUCUAGUUGGUCCAAGGUCUCCAACAUUAUUUAUUUAGAUUCUCCGGUUGGGGUUGGGCUUUCUUAUUCCAAGAACCGAAGUGAUUACUUGAUUGGUGACAUUCAGACUGCCAUCGACAGUCAUGCAUUUCUUCUCAAGUGGUUUGAGUUAUAUCCCGAGUUCCUCCCAAACCCGUUUUUUAUUGCUGGAGAGUCAUACGCCGGUGUUUAUGUGCCCACUCUUUCUUAUGAAGUAGUGAAAGGAAUUAUUGCUGGUACUCAGCCUAUUCUCAAUUUCAAGGGAUAUUUGGUUGGAAAUGGAGUCACAGACAAUGAAUUUGAUGGCAAUGCUCUUGUUCCAUUUGCCCAUGGUAUGGGCCUGAUAUCAGAUGAUUUAUAUGAGGAGGUUAAAACCGAGUGCAAGGGCAACUUCUAUAUCCCACAGAAUGAUAUUUGUGAAAGCAAACUGGACAAAGUUGAUGCGAACUUACAAGAUUUGAACAUGUACAACAUUCUAGAACCGUGUUAUCAUAGCUCAGAUGCAGCCGAGAACACCGAUAUUAAGAUUAGACUACCUUCCAGCUUCCAGAAGUUAGGUGAGACCGACAGGCCCCUUGCUGUACGGAAAAGGAUGUUUGGUCGUGCCUGGCCUCUUAAAGCUCCUGUAAGAGAUGGGAUUGUUCCGACAUGGCCGCAACUUCUCAAUAGCCAAACUGUUCCAUGCACUAAUGAUGAAGUAGCAACUGCAUGGCUGAAUGAUGAAGCUGUUAGGAAAGCUAUUCAUGCUGAAGAGGAGACCGUGAUUGGCAAAUGGGAGUUAUGUACGGACAGAAUCGACUACAAUCAUGAUGCUGGUAGUAUGAUCCCGUAUCACAAGAAUCUUACUUCCAGGGGAUAUCAGGCACUUAUAUUCAGUGGGGAUCAUGAUCUGUGUGUUCCGUACACCGGGAGCCAAGCCUGGACAAGAUCGCUCGGAUAUAAGAUAGUGGAUGAAUGGAGGCCGUGGAUGGUCAAUGGAGAUGUUGCCGGGUAUUUACAAGGUUAUGAGAACAACCUGACCUUUUUAACCGUUAAGGGAUCAGGGCAUACCGUCCCGGAAUACAAACCUCAGGAGGCAUUGGAAUUUUAUAGCAAAUUCCUGGCAGGGAACCCCAUCUGAAGCAAAUAUUCAUGAGAUGAGCUUCUUUCUGUUCAAGGCUAAAGGCUAAGCAGAGCAGCGGAGAAUAAAUUAGCCAAGGAGACUACAAACUCCUCCAUUCAGCUCAUUGAGUUAUAUUUAAAUACAAUUAUAAAAUGUAUAAUUAUCUAUAUAUAUAUAGUAUACCGUAGGGAUUGGAGCAAGACUUUAUUUCGGUUCAUGGAGAGCGAAUAAAAAGACCCUGAAAGAAGAGAGUGUUUCUAGUAGCCUUAGAUCCCAUGAUAAAAAAUAUAUAUAUAGGGAACAAUAAUCAAUGUACUUGUAAAUUAUAUUCGAAUUUUACUCUUAUUUUAUUUAUUGGGC